AUGGAUAUUGUGCUGUUGGGUCUCACUCCCAACUCUUCACGGUCCAAGAAGAUUCUCAAGGUGAUAAACAACAAUAAUCGUAUAUCGCUUGCUAUAAGGAAACAAAUUGAGAAAUUGAAUUCAGAUAUAAAGACAUUCUUAGCAACGAGAUACCAGCAGCAAGAGCAGCAGCAAGAGCAGCAGCAGAAAUCCAAGGAGAGCGAGCAAUUACAGAAGACGUUUCAAGAUUUUUACAUUUUGCUUGACUUUGAAAAUUUUAAUUUCGAAAAAACAUGUAAUGUUGAUUUGGACAAGUUACGGUCAAUCUAUAUCAAAGCCGCUGAGAUAAAAAUAAGUGAUAAGGACAAUAAGGUGUUGCUUGAUUUGAUGACUGAGUAUAUGGUUCUCAUAUUGAGUUUAAAGAUAUCCAAUUCAUUGAUUUAUAAAACAUUGAUCUUGAAAAACCAACAGGUUUAUUGGGAGACUAUAUAUAAUUCGAUAUUGAACAAGUUGGUUUAUUUUGUUCAGACCUUGCCUCUUAGGAUAUAUGGAUUUACCACUGCCAUUUUCCAAAAGACCAACCAGAAAGUAUCUGCUACUUUUCAAGAAUCAUCAUCAUCAGCAGCAACUACUACACCCAUGUGGCGUAGGAUUAAACAUUUUACUAUCGCAAUGGCAAAAUCAAUGGUUCGUUCAAUCAAAACGGUUUUCAUCGAAGUUAAUCCCGCAAUCACCUUGUUUUCCAAAACGCAAAUAUCAGUCUUUUCUUCCGUAAAGUGGUAUAUCACAUCGAUUAUUAAAGCACCUAUUACGAUAAUUAAUAAGGAGAUUAAACUCAAAUUGAAAACUAUCAAGUUUGAAAUGAGUCAGAAUACCGACAAACUUGACCAGAUUAUUAAAGGCGAUGUACUGAAUUAUCUUCCUACCUUGGUGACUAUCUUCAAUAUAGAUCACGAUGAAGGUGAUAUAAGUAAAAGAAUUCUCCAAUCAAUAGAUUCAAUAUCUACAUUCGACAAGGUUCAGUACAACUCGACUUCGAGACCACUGGUACUAACCCGAUACUGGCCUAUAAUUGUCCUUUUCAUUCGAUACGUACCUGGCCAAUCCGUGUCUUUGUAUAACAACCGACAAGAGAUUUACCACUGGAUACAAUAUAAUGGAAUAGAGCCAAUUCAAGGAUUUUUCGUCAAUUGGGUAGUGAAACCAAUGAAUGAAAUGUUGAAUAUUUUAAGACGUGAUAGCGGAGUCACUAUAAUGACUCGUGAUUCUCUUGAGUCCGAUUUUGACUCAUUGGAAAAGAUGAUUUGGGAAUUUGCUCAGGAUAAUAAUAUCGAUACAACGCCCCAACGUGUUGCAUCUGAUGUCAAAAAUGGAGACUUGAGAUUGAUCAUGUCUCAGUAUGAACAAGAGAUUAGAAAACCUAUAAAGUAUAUUAUUUCCGGCUCAUUGUUAAGACUAGUAUUGAUUCAAGUGCAAAAGGGAAAAGUCGACGGUGCAGUAGCCAUCAAUGGUAUUGAUAAAUUACUAAAAAGCCAACAAUUGGUGUUUGGAAUAGUUUCCAUGAGUCCUUCUUUAUUCAUUUUGUAUCAAGUUUAUCAAUACUUCACCAGUGACAACCAUAAGCCAAUAAUGGUUAAUGGGAAACAAUUAAAUAUCGUUUGUUUGAAAUGUUUGAACAACAUUGAAAACUUAUUGAUUAUGUUGCAGAGCAAUAAGGUAGUAGAUGCUAAAUGUGAAGAGGGGGAGAAACAACAGCAUCAUGAUAUCAUAAGUAGAGAGCUGUACGAAGGUGAAUUAUUGAUUGAAAUUAUCAACUUGAUAAUUAGCUCUGAACCAAUUAUUCCAAAGCAAUUACAUAGUGAUUGGGUUAAAGAUUUAAAUGAGUUAAAUAACAGCGGAUAUGACUUGGAGACAAAAUUGCGUUUGGUUAAUCGCAUUUGGAACAUGUAUGGAUCAUAUUUUAAAUAA